UGCUGCCAGUCACCCCUCAACCACUCCUGCGGCACCAUGAACACCCCACGGCUGGUGCUGGUGUUAGCUCUGCUCGGGGGGCCCCACGCCCUGCACACGGGCCCCCGGGACCCCAGCAUCGAUGAGAAUAUGGUCAACGGCGACUGGUUCUCAAUAGCCCAGGCUUCCAGCGAACCAAAACUCCUGUGGAAGGACUCACACAUGAUGUUCUUCGUCCGCAAGAUCCAUGUAAGCCUCAAGACCAUAGAGUUCCAUCUCUACAGAAGGAUACAGGGCAUGUGUGUCCCGAUUAUAAUGAUGGCAAAUAAAACAAAAAAGAAAUUUCAGUACACGCUGAAAUAUGCUGGCCACAACGUGAUCUUCCUGGAGGAGGUGGACCCCUCUCGCUUCCUCAUCUUCUGCAUCCACAACCACUGGCACGGGAAGGAGACGGUGGUGGUGAACCUCCUCAGCCGGACCCCUCCCGCAAGCUGGGACAUCAUGCAGACAUUUAAGAAUUACUGCAAAAGCCACGGGAUUAGCCCGGCCAACAUCAUCAACCUGACCCGAACCGACCGCUGCCUGCAUGCCUGACAGUAGGCAGGCCGCCGGGCCCAGGAGCUGCCCCUUGAAGAACCAAAACUUCACAGUUGACCCAAGGAGCCCUUCAACUGUUCCCAACCCCCCAGGAAGCUUCCCGUUCCUGGAGACCUUUCCUGGUGUGUCCAAUAAAGGAUUGCCACCCCGA